AUGGGCCGGAGCCUGAGCGGUGGUCAGAAGCAGCGUGUUGCGAUUGCAAGGGCUCUCCUGCGAAGGCCCAAACUCCUGCUUGAUGAGGCUACGAGCGCACUAGACAAUGUGACGGAGGCCAGGGUUCAGCAGGGUAUUAACACGUUUCAAGGCAAGACAGGUGCUACAACGAUUAGCAUCGCACAUCGCUUAUCCACUGUCCGAAACUGUGAUCGUAUUAUUUUGAUGCAUUCUGGCCAUGUCAUUGAACAGGGAAGCCAUGAUGAACUCAUUCGCUUAGGCGACAAAUAUAAGGCGCAAUGGGAAGUCUACAACAAGUCUUUCCAGUAAAACAAAAUAAAAAUAAGGAUGUAUGAAUGUUUGUAGGGAGGAAACUCACGCAAUUAAUGAAUGUUGAGAUAUCCUCUUCUUUUUACUUCCCCCCCCCACGCACGCACGUGUAAAAUAGUAUCAGCAAUAAUGGCAUUUUAUGGAAUUGACAUAUUAGACGUGCAUAUUCUUUAUUGUAUGUGUAAACCCUGACUAACACAGCAUGUUUGAUAGAUAUAUGAAGAAUUCCUUUACACCUAAGUAUUUUCCAUUUGUUCAAAAAAGUAUCGUGAGGCUGAACUUGCAUCAGUGUGCAUUUUGCAUCAUGAUAAAUCGUGAAACUAAGAAAGUAAAUAAAUAAAUAGCCUACUUAUAUUCCAAGACUUUUUUGUAUUGUAAGAAAUGAAAUUUCCCGCGGUAUAUGCCGGCCACCUCUUUGUGGUGCCGCGGACUAGUAGCCAAUUGGCGAAGCUAAGUGCAUGCGCACCUUCCCGUUACCGGCGGAGGCAUGUAGGCUUGGCUACUGGUACUGGUAUGGCAUUCGACAGGGCCGCCCCGAGGCUGUCCGAGCGGAUGAAA